AUGUCCACACCACUAGACCAACAAAAAGAGGCCGCCUACACCCUGCUCUCUGGUAUGCUCACAAGCGUCCUACAAAAAGAGUGGAAAAUAACAGACCGCCAUUCGGCACAGUCGUCCGCCCUCCUCGACGUACUACUCCUCCCCAAGCCCGCGCCAGCCCCAACCCCAGCUCCCAUCGCCCCCACCCCCAUUAAGAAACAAGGCAUCUUUCGCCUAGGCAGCCGUACAUUCGACCUCGGCCCCGAACGCGAUUCUGAAGCCAGUUCCUCCGACGAUGACGACGCUCCGAUCAGGAGUGUAAGACGGUUGAAGAGUGAGAUGCGCAGGGUUAAUACGAUUCAGCGGCGUGCGAAGAGGAGGGCGGAGAGGUGUCUGAGGAGGAUUGAGGCGCAUCUUGGUGGGAAUGAGGGUGUUGUUGAGUUUGAGACUGUGAAGACUACGAAGAGUGUUGCGGAUACCCCGGGGAGGAUGUUGAAAGAGCUUGAGGAUUACAAUAGUCCUGCGCGUAGCAGUCCGCUCAGCUCUGCGCCCAUGUCGCCGCGAAGUGCUGAGUUCAGUUCGACGGGCAGCGAGGGCAACCGCGAGGUUGAGGAAUACGACAGUGUCGACAGCCCUAUGUCAGAACCCGUACAGGCACCCAGGCGACUACAGCGCGCGGAGCCUCACAUCAAGUAUGUCAAGCCGGCAUCUAGCCAGCGACGCAGCCUUGCACAAAAAGAUUACCUAGGGCGACCACAGCGCCACUGCAGCGACUGCGACCGUACGUUACUGGCCUCCCACUGGACAUGCCACGUCAAAGGCCGAAUGCAUCAAGACAAUGCAGCUCGGGACAAGCAAUCCCCUCCGGUACAGGGCACGAAGACUAGACAAGAGUAUAUGCGGGCCUUGAAGCAGUAUUGCGUGUACUGUGACCGCCAGGUCCAUUCGAGGGGCUGGGGCGGCCAUUUGAAGGCAAGAGCGCAUUUGGAGAAUGUGGCGAAGGCGAAAGAGGAGGAAGAGAGUGUGAGGCUUCACGCACCGACACCGGAGUCCGUCGUGCUGUCCGUAGAAGAGGAAGAGCAGAAAGAGAAAGAGGAGGAAUAUGAAGAUGAUGGCUUCGGCGAAGAAGGAUACGAAUAUGGUCACUAUUGCGAUGACUGCGAGGUCACGUUCGCUGGUGCGAACUGGGCGCGGCAUUUGGCUUCCGCAGGCCACGUGUUUAAUGUCAUUAAAAACUCUCCGGGGGAUGAGGAUAUGACGUCCGAUGAGGAAGAGGAGGAGGAAGAAGAGGAAGAGGAGGAAAGCAUGGCAGACUAUGAUUCUGCCACUGAUGAGGAGAGCAUCGUGUAUGAUGAUGCCACGGAUGAGGACUCUGCGUCGCCAUCGCCCUCGCCAUCGAUCUCACUCUCGCCCUCACCUUCCUCCGCCGUCCCCAAAGAGGGAAUCACAUUCUCCCACGACGGGACACCGGUUGCCGACCUCGCAUCGACCCCCUUCCUCACAUCUUCGCCCACCUCCCCCGCUUCCCUCGCUUCCUCGUCCCCUUCCACACUUGCGGAAUUUAAUUCAGGAGUGAAUUUUUACUGCGAGACCUGCAGGGUCACCAUUUUGUCUGCGGAUGCUUGGGAGAUUGAUGAGCAUGUGGCUGAUCAUGCGUAUGCAGCUUCCGAGAAGGAAGAGGUGGUGGGGAUGGAUUGGCUGAGUCAGCUGAGGGAGGCUGCUGGGUGGGUGAAGGAGGUGGAGGUGGAGGAUAUGGAGGGGGUAGGGGAAGUGGAGCAGGGUAGCACGGAAUGUGAAUACAAUGGGUGGGCAUGGAAGAUGGGAGUGGAUGGUAAAGUGCUGGGGAGUAUACGGCGUAGUCCGUCAUGUUAG